AUAAAACCAGUACACUGCUGCUGACUCGCCUGGGAACCUGUCGUGUGCAAAAACCCCGUCGUGGAUGUGAUAAAUAUUGAAUGUUUUAUUGUUGUCUGUGAAUGUGAGACCAGUCCAGGGUGGACCAGACCAGGGUGAAGCCUUUACCACAGGGACCAGUAGCGGCUCCGGUCCAGACCCGCCCCUUUCCAGUCAGUUUGGACGCAUUAUCCUCCAGCUGGGUCCAAGAUGACGGCCAGCACCAGGUACAAGAGCCGUGCACCCCGGUCAGAUGAUGGAGAGGAAAAAGAUUAUGUUGGUUUUGCCACGCUGCCCAACCAAGUGCACAGGAAAUCUGUGAAAAAAGGAUUCGACUUCACCCUCAUGGUUGCAGGUGAAUCCGGCCUUGGUAAAUCCACUUUGGUAAACAGCCUCUUCCUCACUGAUCUGCAUAAAGACCGAAAACUGCUCAAUGCUGAGGAGCGAAUCAGUCAGACGGUGGAGAUCACAAAGCACACGGUGGACAUCGAGGAGAAGGGGGUGAAGCUCAAGCUGACAAUAGUAGACACCCCGGGGUUUGGAGAUGCUGUGAACAACACAGAGUGCUGGAAGCCGGUCACAGACUACAUCGAUCACCAGUUUGAGCAGUACUUCAGAGAUGAAAGUGGGCUCAACAGGAAGAACAUCCAGGACAACAGGGUGCACUGCUGCCUCUACUUCAUACCUCCGUUUGGACAUGGGCUCCGUCCAGUCGAUAUCGAGUUCAUGAAGGUCCUUCAGGAUAAAGUUAAUGUGGUUCCUCUCAUCGCUAAAGCUGACUGCCUCACUCCCAGUGAGAUAAAGAAACUCAAAGAGCGGCUGCGGGAGGAGAUAGAUAAAUGUGGGAUAAAGAUCUACCAGUUCCCGGACUGCGACUCUGAUGAGGACGAGGAGUUCAAACAGCAAGAUAAAGAGCUAAAGGAAAGCACUCCAUUUGCAGUGAUUGGCAGCAACACUGUGGUAGAAGCCAGAGGUCAGAGAGUGAGAGGGAGGCUCUACCCAUGGGGCAUUGUGGAGGUGGAGAACCCGUCCCACUGCGACUUUGUGAAACUGCGGACCAUGUUGAUAAGAACACACAUGCACGACCUGAAGGACAUCACCAGUGACUGCCACUAUGAGAACUACAGAGCCCAGUGCAUCCAGACCAUGACCAGUAAAAUGAAUGCAGACAAACGCGUAGAGAGCCCCAUCCCCAUCCUACCCCUGUCAACACCAGACGUGGCCACAGAGAAACUCAUCCAAAAGAAAGAUGAGGAGCUGAAGAGGAUGCAGCAGAUGCUUCAGAAGAUGCAGCAGCAGAUGCAUGAGCAGGACCUGUGACUAUGAGCUCCUGCAGUUUUCUGCACCUUUACACCUUUGGUUUAGGAAA